AAUAUAUAUAAAACACAGUUAGUGAGCAUUGGGAACUAUGUCAGCUGCAGCUUUCUGGUAUGGAUUAGUUAUAGCAACCAUUCUGGUAAUAGAUGCGCCCAUAUCCUGCCUCAAGUGCAUAUCCUGUAGGUGUGGCUCGAGCAAUAAAAAUUACACACAUUGUAUAGUAAAUGAGCAGGAAGAAGAAUAUAUCUGUAAGACAUGGGCUCAUUGCCAAACCUGCAAACAUAAUACUACAUAUUGUAUCACUUGUCCUCCAAAACAGUUUGGGCCUUUUUGCACAGGAGGUGAAGUGAAUCACAUACGAAAAAAAAGGCAACUAGAGUCUGGUUCUCACUCCGCACGCUGUGCAAUCGAUGGUUUUAUUGACAACGGUCGCGUGACUGUGACUACGCCGCUUGACUUCCAAGGCGAUGUCAGCGAAUUUCCGGUUGGAACUCGUCUCCAAUACUCGUGUAACGAAGGAUAUGUCUUACAAGGAGUAGCUGAUGUAGUUUGUGAAGAGAAUGGAUUCUGGUCAGAGGAGAUACUGCCCACUUGCUCUAAAGCCCCCGAAUUUCGCUCGACGCAUUGUGAAAAUGAUGGCUACAUUGACAAUGGACGGGUGACUGUGAUUGGUACUGCGGCUAUGCCUCUAAUCCGCCAAGACGAUUAUUUCGAACUUCCAGUAGGAACUCGUCUCCAUUACUCGUGUAACGAAGGAUAUGUCCUAAAAGGAGUAGCUGAUGUAGUUUGUGAAGAGAAUGGAUUCUGGUCCGAGGUGACAAAGCCUGCUUGUUCUGAAAUAAGAUGUAAGAAGUUUGGCCCUGUUUCAAACGGCAGAGUGGUUGUAUACUUCACUUCCCCAGAUAAACGGCAUGCCACUUUAGGUAAAGAACAUGAUCUUAGCUAUCCUGUAGGAACCCGUCUGCACUAUACGUGUGAUGAUGCAUUUAUGCUUGUUGGAAAUGAUAUUUUAUCUUGUGAAUCAUCAGGACGAUGGUCGGCAGGCGAGCCCAGGUGCGUUACAGCAUGUGGACUCAGUUCAAAUUAUUCAAUUCUCAGUUCAAAUUAUUCAAUUUUUCGAAGCUUUAAAACCACACCAGGCGAAUGGCCGUGGACAGUGGCUAUUGCUGUCGAUGAGAAGAACACCAAAAGAUUUUACUGCAGUGGAGUGCUUCUGGACAGCAGCACUGUACUCACUGUAGGCCACUGCGUACAAAGUGCUCGGGAUUAUAUUCUUUAUUUUGGAUUAUUUCACUUAAAGUUUGAACGUGAAGACAGUCAGGUACACGAAAGGACUAGUUCUCGAAUCAUUGUACAUCCAAAUUUCAAUAAGAAGACAUUUGAAAACGACAUUGCACUUAUAACCUUUGAUCCACCAGUUCGUUAUUCGGAUAGAAUCCAUGCUAUCUGUCUUCCAACACCGUUUUCAACGGAAAGAAAUCUGGCUCCAGGAGAAAAGGGUUUUGUUUCUGGAUGGGAAGUAGGAGUUAGCCGUUCACUGUCCCAGGAAUUGAGCGUAAUCCAGCUUCCUGUGUUAUCAGAGCAGGCAUGCACAGAAGCUCUCAGAAAGAAGCGUAUAUCCCUAAGCAUCAAGCCAGGCAUGUUCUGUGCCGGCCUCAGAGAAAAUAUCGCAGAUUUUUGCUCCAUGGUCAGCGGAUCCCCGAUGGUCUUCUACAAUGCGGAAAGUAGCCGUUAUGUCUUAGAGGGACUGGUCAGCUGGGGAUCGAGCUCGCCGUGUCAAAAGAGAGAAAAUUAUUAUGUUUUGACUAGAGUUGCUACUUUUAUGCAAUGGAUAUUAGAUAAAUUACAGAAAUAAAUUUUUGGUUUUGAAAA